ACUUCACCUCAAAACGAUAUUUUCAUAUAAAUAUCCGACAUUUAAUUCUGGAAGACACAUUCACAGCCUUAAGGAACUGCAAAACACGUUUAUUUGAUCAAAAUGCAAAGACAAAUCAUCAUUGGAUUCGCCGCUCUGGCGUGCGUAUGCGCACAAGUGUCACAACCACCUCAUUAUAAAGAAAAUUAUCCCGAUACUUACCAUUUCGCGAAAAAUAUCCGUCAUCCCCGUGAUCUAACUUGGGACAGGAAAGCUGGAGGCGGAAAAGUAUUUGGUACCCUCGGUCAUACAGAUGACAGCCUUUUUGGCAAAGCUGGAUAUAAAAAGGACAUAUUCAACGAUGCAAGAGGUACUUUGAAGGGUGAAGCAUACGGUUCCCGAGUGUUGGGUGCAACUGGUGACAAUAGCUACUUAGGAGGGAAGUUAGAUUGGAACAAUGUUAACAAAAAUGCUCAAGCCACUUUCGAACUUACUAAACAAAUUGGCGGCAGGACCAAUGCUGAAGCCACGGCGUCUAAAGUAUGGAACUUCGACAAGAACACUCGCUUGUCCGCUGGUGGGGUGGUGUCCCAAGAUAUUGGACAUGGUAAACCUGACGUGGGUCUAGGAGCCAAGUUUGAACACAACUGGUGAUCUCGUAGAAAUUUAGAUUAAUUCAAGUUGUGUGUUGUAUUUAACUAGUCUUUUGGAAUUUAAAAAUAAAUUAUUAUAUCGAAUA